AUGGAGGACAGAAUACAGUUCGAUAUUAAUGAAUCACUCAAAUAUUAUUUGAGUGAUCCUUCUUCACUUCCGACCCCGGAGGCGGACCCGGAGCUCCUCGACAGCGAAUCUGACCCGGAUCAGUUGUCGCUUGCGCUAAUUGACAAUGUUCUAAACCCAAUUGUGGAUGCCGUGGCGGAGAAUCCAGAGGCGCUAAUAAGAUCUUCGGUCUUUGAUUCCCUACAAUAUCUAUUAAAGUGCGCCCCGGUCCCUUCCCAAUUACCCAAUGGAGGCUUUCGCCCACCAGGAAUCGACUCUGAACUUUUGAACCCUUACAGAUAUACCUCCUUCGUCCCUGUGAAAUCACUCAGCAAACUCCUCGACUUGAUUGUAUCCGGACUAUCUGUCGAGGCAGAUAUUAUCCAUGGCGACUUGGAAUCUGACGAGCAGGAUGCCAUCCAACAACACAAACAACUCCUGGAAAUGUACGGAUUCCUGCUCCAGUGGGCUCUAUCUGCGGUAGAGGUCAAAGCGGCCGAGAAACCUGCAGAGUCCGCCCCUGCGCGGAGAGGAGGUCCCAAAUCUAAGAAAUCCGCCAAGGAUGGCCACUGGGAUUGGACUCCACAGAUCCAGAUCUCCAUGGAGACUAUGUGCAAGGUGAUGAAACUCAAACUAGGCCGCAUAUUUCUGACCACCUCGGAUCGCGACACUUUCAUUAAUUUGUUCACCCGCACUAUUUAUCUGAUCCUGGAGAGCGAACAGAGAGUGAAAAGCAUGGUUAUCCGAAUGCAUGCCUUUAAGGUGCUAUGCAUUGCGGUAAAGCACCAUGGCCAUGCAUUUGGCGCGCAAACAUCGAUCGUGCAGAGCUUGACAUACUUUGAGCAUCUGUCGGAACCCAUGGCCGAAUUUCUCCAUAUUCUUGCGGAACAAUACGACUACCCUCAACUCUCAGAUGAGAUUCUGAAGGAACUUGGAAAUAAGGAAUUCAAUUCAAACGACACCCGGGGGCCAAAGUCUGUCUCUGCAUUUAUCAUCAAGCUGUCCGAUCUUGCCCCAAGAUUGAUCAUUAAGCAGAUGACUCUAUUGGCCAAGCAGCUCGAUAGCGAGGCAUACGCACUACGAUGUGCAGUCAUCGAGGUCUGUGGCAACCUCAUCUCCGAUUUGAGCCGACAAGAAGAACCCAGCGAAAACUACAAGACGCAGAUCAACGCCUUUUUUGACGUAUUGGAAGAGAGAUUUCUGGACAUCAACCCCUACUGCCGCUGCAGAGCUAUUCAGGUCUUCAUGCGAAUCUGUGAUUUGGAGCAGAAAUUCCCCAAAAGACGUCAACGUGCAGCUGAGCUGGCCGCGAGAAGCCUGGAGGAUAAGAGUAGCAAUGUGCGACGGAAUGCGAUCAAGCUGCUGUCUAAGCUGGUCGCCACACACCCCUUUAGUGUGAUGCAUGGCGGUCAACUUUCGCACAAGGAGUGGACUGAGCGCUUGGAUGGGGUUGAUGCGGAGCUGAAUGCUCUGCGCCCCCCAGAGACACCAGGCUUCGAUGCGGACGCUACUCAGGGCGUCGAUCCUGAGCUGUUAGAUGAGGCAACUCAGAUGCCGGACGACUCGCCUUCGAAGGCGCCUAGGAUGACAGAAGAGGAGAAGGAAGUUGCUGUACAAAAAGCAGCGGAACAGGCGGCGACUUCCGAAUUGCUGACUCGGUUACAGUUAACAAGAAAGUACUACAAUGAAGCUUUGCGUUUCGUUGAGGUUCUCCAUUCGGGAUCCACCGUGGUUUCUCAGCUGCUCUCAUCUCGGAACAAGAGUGAGGUAAUCGAGGCUAUGGAUUUCUUCGUGGUUCUAGACGCCUACAAGGUUGAGACGGCUCGAAGUGGUAUCCGCCGUAUGCUCCGUCUGAUCUGGACUAAAGGCAACAGCGAUGAGGGCAAAGGUGUUCAGACUCAUCUGAUCGACUGCUACAAGGGACUCUUCUUUGAUGCACCCGACUCUUUCAGUCCGAACGAUGCCGCCAACUACAUCGCUCGCAAUAUGAUCAGUUUGACCUUCGGGUCAACGCCAGCCGAACUCACUUGUCUCGAGCAACUGCUUAGCACCAUGAUGAAAGCGGGACAUGUCUCGGAAACAGUCAUCGCUAAGCUCUGGCAAGUGUACAGUGUUCAGAAAAAAGAGAUCUCGAAAACUCAGCGCCGUGGUUCGAUUAUCGUUCUUGGAAUGCUCGCGUUGGCCGACCCAGAAGUUGUCGUCAAGGAGAUUGAGGCUAUGCUGCGCAUUGGUCUCGGUGGUCUGGGGCGUUCCGACCUUGUGCUUGCAAAAUAUACGUGCAUUGCUCUCCGGCGCAUGGUGCCUGGGCGGCAGGCCAAAUCUAAGGAAAUUGGUAUUCCCAAGCUUGCCAACGAUCAUUCGGUUUUGACCAAGCUUGCUGCUAUGCUCGAAAUCGUCUCUAAUAGCAAAGAGUGGUAUGGUGUUGCGGAACAAGCCAUCAGCGCCAUCUACACUCUGUCUAAGCACCCGGACGUUCUUUGCUCCGACAUUCUUCGCAGAAAGACUCGAUUUGUGUUUCAGCCUUACAUCCAACGUCCCUCUUCCUCGCAUGAUACUGCUGAUGGGGAGGACCAACGCCCUGGCACUGCAUCUAGUAAUGAACAAGGCUCAAAACCCAGGCCUUCGUCAGCAGCUCUCUCACAACUGCUAUAUGUAGUCGGACAUAUUGCGAUCAAACAGAUUGUACAUCUGGAGCUGUGUGAGCUUGACUUCAAGCGACGAAAGGCUGAACAAGAGAAGAAUAAAACGGCGGAUGCUACCGCUCAAAAGACUGCCGAAAACGCGGAUGAAGACGAACUCGACUUGAUCGGAGGUACCACCGAGGACGAUUUCCAAGACGCCAUGGCUCAUAUUCGCGAGCGUGAGCUCCUCUAUGGCGAGAACUCACUUCUUGCGAAGUUUGGUCCAAUGGUUGCGGAGAUUUGCGCCAACAACAACACCUACCCAGAUCGUGAUCUACAGGCAUCGGCAACAUUGUGUUUGGCCAAGUUGAUGUGUGUUUCUGCUGAGUAUUGUGAGAAGAAUCUUCCACUCCUGAUCACAAUCAUGGAACGAUCCGAGGAUCCGAUCGUGCGCAGCAACGCUGUUAUCGCACUAGGCGAUAUGGCCGUCUGCUUUAAUCAUCUCAUUGACGAGAAUACGGAUUUCCUUUACCGUCGUCUCAAUGAUGAUGAGGCAUCCGUCAAGCGCACUUGCCUCAUGACCCUAACAUUCCUCAUUUUGGCCGGCCAGGUCAAGGUCAAGGGUCAACUUGGUGAGAUGGCCAAGUGCUUGGAAGAUGAUGACAAGAAGAUCGCCGAUCUGGCCCGUAUGUUCUUUACAGAGUUGGCUACCAAGGACAAUGCUGUUUACAACCACUUUGUGGACAUGUUCAGUCUGUUGAGUGCAGAGCGGAAUCUGGAAGAGGUAUCCCUUCGACGUAUUGUUAAGUUCCUAAUCGGUUUCGUGGAGAAGGAGAAACAUGCUCGUCAGCUGGCGGACAAGCUGGCCGCCCGACUACCUCGUUGCGAGACUGAGCGGCAAUGGAACGAUGUCGCCUACGCCUUGUCUCUGCUCCCACACAAGAAUGAAGAUAUCGCCAAGACCGUGACUGCUGGCUUCACGAAGGUCGUCAGUGCCUCAGCCUAG